UAAUAAAUAGGUUCGAUAUUUUUCUAUAACUGAGGAGAAUAAACUGUUUUAAAAUCGAUCGUAAAAUAUAGGUGACAGACCUUACAGACGGGAGGGUAUCCUGAACUUGAAAUUUUAUGGAUAAAGGUACACACAGGUCAUUGUAUUUCGAGAGGAGAGAAUUUCAUGUCAAGUAACGGUUGAAGGAUGAAUAAAUAUGAACAUUUGCAAAUUUACCAUGACAUUGGCAAAUAAAGGUAUACAUAUCAUAGUCGAAGACAGUAAACACUGUACCCCAUGCAAGAAAGCGGAGAAGAAAGUUGCUUCGUUUUACUACUGCACUGACUGUGAGGCGUACUACUGUGAACCUUGUUUCGAGUUCCAUACCCGAAUACCUCUUCUGGAGAAACAUAUAGUGCUAAAGGGAACAGACAUCGAUGUUUGGGCAAGCCUACCUUAUAAAUGCAAGGCACAUGACAAAAACUACGAAUUCUUCUGUGGGGAACAUGAAUCACUCUGUUGUCAUAUUUGUGUGUCGUUACAACACCGAUCUUGUACUGACAUGGAGUACAUUCCCGAGAAAGCUAAAAACAUCUGCACAAAAUCAGAAUUCAGAGAAAUGAAACAGAAUACAGAACAAGAAAUGAAAGAAAUAAAACAGUUUAAAAGUAGAUUUCAGAAUAAGACUGAAAUGUCUAGACAAUCAAAAGAAACAUUUAUCAAAUCUCUUAAAGAACAAAGGGCAUUGAUUAAUGGUUUAUUUGACUCUCUGGAGAAAAUUACUCUAGACUAUAUGGAUAAAAAGUUAAAAAACAACAAUAUAUACAUUAAUCAAGCAAAUACAGAAAUUACCAUUCAUGAGCACGAGCUUUCCCGUUUGAAGCAACAGCUGGAUUCGGCGAGUUCGGAGAAAGAAGUUCUUGUUUUUAUAUGCUUGAAAAGAGGCGAAAACCUUUUAGCCGAUAUGAAGCAGAAGCUCUCCAAACUGGAUGCAUCAACAUGUAAAGAUGAUUUUCAGCUCGUGAUACAUCCUGAAAUCGAGCGUUUUGUACAAAAUCUCCCUGAUCUGGGUUGCCUUCAAGAUGAACAGACAAGACAAGACGCAGCAUCAGAUACAUAUCCAAAGAAGAUUUGCCUCAUCUGUGGUCGCCAAGUGGACAGGAAAUGCCAUUACUGCUCUUGACAAAUGGAAGUUUCUUAAUGGAAUAUAUGAAGUAAAAUGCAUUCAGUUAUGUUAAUGAUGAGUAACAAUAUGUCGCAUAAUCACUUACCUGUUUGAAUAAUUAUGAUAGUUAUUUAUACAAAUACAUUGAUGGAAAUCAGUUUCUGGGAGGUAAUGGUUCGUUUCGGUAUGUGUUGUGAUAGUAACCAAUUCAUGUCAUUCAGAAUUCAAAUACUAUCAGUAAUUUUUUGUGAAUGCUUCACUAAAUGCAAACUUUGUUAUGCCACAAAUGUUACCAGAUGAAGUUAUAACUGAAACAUUGUUGAAAAAAAUACGUUAAACCCAAACAUACUACAAACAGAAACACUAAUAUAACAAUAUUAAAUCAUGCUAUGACAUACAGAAAGUCAACAAUAUACUUGGGGCCUCCGUGGCCGAGUGGUUACGGUCGCUGACUUCAAAUCACUUGCCCCUCAUCGAUGUGGGUUCGAGCCUCACUCGGGGCGUUGAAUUCUUCAUGUGAGGAAGCCAUCCAGCUGGCUUACGGAAGGUCGGUGGUUCUACCCAGGUGCCCGCUCGUGAUGAAAUAAUGCACGGAGGGGCACCUGGGGUCUUCCUCCACCAUUAAAGCUGGAAAGUCGCCAUAUGACCUAUCAUGUGUCGGUGCGACGUUAAAUCCAACAACAACACUAUACUUAUUGUCGCAAAAGAACACCGAUUGUUAUAUAUAAAUAUGUAUAUUUUGAAUAGUUUAUUAUUAUUAGUGAUUUUCAGCUUACUUCGACGCGUACUUCGGACCACGUAUUGCGGACUUACUGCAGGGGUUUUCUCAAACUGUAUAUGAGGAAGCUAUGCAUAACUGAACAGUUGCAUAUUUAGCAUUCGGUUCUAAUGCCGUAAUACUGUUUCCGUUUAAAAUAUCUGAGAAAAGACAGCUUUAAAAUUUAUUAAUAUCCGUUUUAUUGUAUAUGAAUUACCGAUAUAUUUUGUAUUAUAAACAUUCUUAACAGUGUGGGCGCAUUUUAAAAAGAAAUUCAACCUUUUACCUUUUAUAUUGCUUUUUGAUUAAUAUAUCUAUUCAAAUCUUUCUACUACCGUAUUUAUGAACAAGGAGCUAGAGUAUCUGUAUCGCAAACUUGUUCUUUAUUAUUUGAAGUGCUGCAACUUAUUUAUAUGCUUGCUGUAAAUUUCGUGAGGUUCUAGCCAGUAUUCGCUAGCAGUGAAAACGGCUGUUGAUUCAACGAUCAACAUACCCUAUAAUCCAGGAUUUGAACCAAAGACCUCCUGGUAUGGAAACAGACCAUCUUCCCCUGCGCCGCAAGAUGUUCACCCGACCCCUAUGCGUAGGGGAUCACAACAAGAUAUGUUACAAGAUAUUGCUUAACACGUGGUAUUAUGCAUUCUUAACCAUUUCAAAACCUACAAAUUCAGUUUUAUACGAUACUGAAUUCAUUUAGUUUUCCGUUGACCCUAUCAUGAUAUACAUGAUGGCUACAUUAUGAAUUUUUAAACCAAUAUAGACCUUGAUUUUUCAUGAGUUUAAAUCUUUGUUCAAGUUCCAUGAAGCCAAUUAUCUACACAUACCAUAUAUGCAUGUGAUCGACUAAAACGGCUUAGUCAAUAAUGAUAAAAGGCUAGUCUCGACUUCUAAGGUGGUUUUAUGAAAUGACCACACAGAAAUGCUCAAAUGGCGUCAUUGGAGUUGACUUAGUCAAAAAUAUAAUUUUGUUGACAAUUCUAUGCAUUUACUGGCCAUAAAACAUUUUUGGAAUAUGAUCGGAAUUUUGACCUUGGACGCUUCUAAGGCCCUUUCUUCGCAAAACAAUUUUCGGUCUCAGCUGAGUUUUAGAUUGAAAUGUUGACAGCUAGUUUUAAUGGUACUUAAAGAUCAAAUUCCAGUUGAGACUGACAAUCCUUUCUGAAUAGUUACUUGAAAAUAGUCAUGAAUUUAAAACUUAAAUUUUAACAUGCAAUUUUGAUAUCACUGACAUUGUUUCAUUAUCAAACUCAGCUGAGACUUAAACAUGUUAAAAUGUUUUGAAAACGGAAGUCAGGAAUUCAGUCUUGGCGUGAUCUUAGUCAUCAACGUUGAGCCUGUCUUGAUCAUUUUUCAAAAUCUGAUAUCAGAUUAUGUUAAUACUAAGUGGAUACUCUUCUUUUUUAUUAACAAAACAGGCUGAUACAUAACUAAUUCAGGAUGUUGUCGCUAAAUUAUGGUAAUAUAUCGGAUCUCGUUUCGACGGGGAUGAAAGAUGAUGUAUGAGAGCUUCCCGUAUGUUUUGACAAAGUGUUGAACUAAAAUAUUCAAGAUAUUUCAUUAGAACUUCCCAUGACUUUAUGUAACAUUUUACAGUUAUCAAAAUUAAUGAAAAAUAAUGAAUUUUUCCGAACAGAAGUCUACGAGCACACAGUAUUAUACUAUGCAACACAAAUUAAACGGACGUUCGUUUUAUUCAGAAUGUUUAUUUUUUUCACAAUAAUAUUUUGUACUGCUAUUUUUUUGUUGUUAUCUUGUUGCUAGGAAAUACAAUUCUAGGAAUCGUAUGGACAGUGACAAAUUAAAGCCAAGCUGUUUUUCAUAGGAAUCGCGGUUAUCUUCAAAUCCAUGUUUCAUGCUGCACUUUUUUAAAGCAUGAACAUAUUAAGGUGAAGUAUUAUCGUUGUACUGUGGGUCCGAAGUCGUUCGAGUCGCGCGGAUGAAAUGUUUCAAUAUCAAAAAAUGUUUAAGCAUACGGUAUUUGAAGAAACUGUUAAAGGCAAGUAAAAUGCGACAGAGUAUUUAGCGGAAUCUAGAGGCAUCCUACAUGUUGACAUUUAUGUAGCCGAAUCGUUUAAAUAUGACAUGAACUAAAAAAUAAUAGAAUAUGACAUCUAAAAAUUGCGAUUACAUGUGUUAAAUGUAGCCUGAUCACUAUCCAUAUAUUUUCAAACAUAUGUAUUUUAUUAGUAGAUAAUUACAUCACAAUACACUAAAUUCUACAAUGAAGGCAAAAGUAAUUACACAUAUAGGUAAAAGAAAUAUAUAUACCAUAGGUAUGUAUUUUUCUUGCGAACUUUGAAUAUUUUGAGAAAGCCCCUACUGUAAGUGCGCAGUCCGUUGUCCGCAGUCCGCGACGAAGUAAGUUGAAAAUCUCUAUUAGGAAAUAAUUAUAACCAAAAUGUUUCACUUUACAUGUAUUUAACGACUGUUUUACAAAUACAAGGUAUGGAGCAAAAUUUGGUAUUUAUUAAUUUUGUUUUCAAAGAAGCAUACCAAAUGAGUCUGCAAAAUCUGUUUGAAGACAAAUUCUAAUCACGUGUGCAUAUAUCUGUCUAAAAUUUGUCCAGAAGGCCAGGAAUCAUGAAAAAGAAUACGAACUCAUACGUAAACUUUGUUAUUCGUUUUUUUACAUAUACUUAGUGAUAGAACAAACUUCAGGUGAUAUGUAGUUCUAUUUUCAGACGUAACGCUGAUGAUCAUUCACUCUAGGAUAAGGCUGUUAAACGCCUGAUAUCAUAAAUAUAGAAAGCUAAGCUGUGCACAAUAAAAGUAUGUUGUUUCAGAAAAGCAGCUAUAAAUGAGCAGAAGUAGUUUAUAAAAGCGCUAAUAUGAAGUGACGUUGAAUGAAUGCAUUUGAGUCUAACACUCCGAUUGUUAUCCUUCGUCUGUAUGGCUUCACAACUUUGAUCGAUCAUGGAGGAAGACCCAAGGUGCCCCUCUGUGCAUUUUUUUUUUCAUUACGAGCGGGCACUUUGGUAGGAACACCGAUUCCCAAACAAGCUGGAUGGCUUCCUUACAUGAAGAAUUAAAACCCCGAGUUAGGUUCGGACCCCCAACGAUGAGGGUCAAGUGAUUUGAAGUCAUUUGACAAUGGAGUCCCCUGCCAUUAUAUUUUUCCGUUACAUUAAAUUUUCCGUUACAUUUGUCGAAGGCAACAGUGAAUUAAAUAAUAAAUUCCUCAGGCAGUAACAGACAUUUGAUCAAAUAAGUUUUGUGAAUAUAUUUUGAUAUAUUGCGUAAGUAUGCAUCGUCAAGAAUAUAGUCACAUCCCACGGAACAUUACUUCAAACGAUUUUAUACAUAUAUGUCAUCGGUGUUUCAACUUCAUGACAAGAAAUCAUCAUAUUGACUUCUAUUAUUUUUCUAUCAUUCCAAUUGAUUUGAAAAUAAAUGGUAUUUCAUUUGCAA